AACGGUCGUCAGGUCUCGUCAGGUCGGGCGGAUCGCUCCCACCCCUUCCGCUCGGCGGCCUUGAGCCGCCUGAGCCUUCGCUCCGUCUCCGCCCUCUCGUGCUGGGCGGUGUGUUUAAGGGCGGGUCAGUCCACCCCUUCUCGCUCCGCGGCCUAUAGGCGCCCGAGCCUUCGCUCCGUCUCCGCCCCUCCGGGCCAGGCGGUGUUUUUUAACUCCGCCGGCCGCCGGUGAGCUGCUCACGAUCGUGAGCCAUAGGUUGGCAAUACAUAAAUCUAGUCUGUCAAUUCUGUUUUGAUGUUUCUGUGUCUACGGUUUCACAGGUUUUCCAAGAUCGGAGGCAAUAGGAGAUCUCUCUCUCUCAGGAUCAUGGCCAGAGAACAGAGAAUUGGUAUGGCUUGGGUAUAAGGACAAUAUCACUAAUUCCACAGCAGUCAGAGAACAUAUAACAUACCAGAUUCCUGACCAUUGUGAAAGACCCUUGAUAAGAAAUAUUUAUUGCCCUGUGUGGUAAGAGCAAGCAUUUGAUCCCAGCAUACAGGAGGCAGAGGGAUUGAAGAACACUUCUGUCUUCGUUAGGAUUUUACUGCUGUGAACAGAUACCAUGACCAAGGAUGAACAGCAACUUCCAGCGCUCUGAACUCUAGCCAGAAGAUUAGUACCAGGUUGAUAUGUUCCUGUGAUUCAAGUUCAUGGAGUCCUCAGCAAUUGGAUCUUACUGUAAAGAUCUCUAUGGAGAAGCGACUGCAUCAUUGACUGCAUCCCAGAAGUGGAAAGUAGUAGCUUCCACAAAAGAAGAAAUGUGGUCUGGAGGUCAAUAUGGCUACAGACAGUUUCAGAGAGAACGAGUACCGCCUCAAAACCAUCCCAGUGAUGGCUACCAUACAGUACUUAAUGUGCCAAAGAGACCACCUCUGCUUGACAAGAUACCACCUCAAGUAAUGAAUGUGCCAAAGAGACCACCUCUGCUUGACAAGAUACCACCUCAAGUAAUGAAUGUGCCAAAGAGACCACCUCUGCUCGACAAGAUACCACCUCAAGUAGUUAAUGUGCCAAAGAGACCACCUCUGCUCGACAAGAUACCACCUCGAGUAGUUAAUGUGCCAAAGAGACCACCUCUGCUGGAUAAGAUACCACCUCAAGUAGUUAAUGUGCCAAAGAGACCACCUCUGCUUGGCAACAUACCACCUCUGCUAGGCAGACCUGAUGAAGGAUAUUACAGUCAUGAUGCUUUCCGAGUGUGUGAUGAGGGUCAGAGUUUUUUUCGUGAUCAGAGAAGAUCAAGAAGAGAUGAUCAUUCUGCAAGCUGGCAGCCUAACUACAGGAACAAGAGAGGUGGUCUUGGAAGAAAAACCUUCUACUCUUCCCAUCAUUCAAGAGAUCGGUCUUCCCAGUAUGCAAGAGAUCGGUCUCCCCAUUAUGCAAGAGAUCGGUCUCCCCAGUAUGCAAGAGAUCGGUCUCCCCAGUAUACAAGAGAUCGGUCUCCCCAGUAUACAAGAGAUCGGUCUCCCCAGUAUACAAGAGAUCGGUCUCCCCAGUAUACAAGAGAUCGGUCUUCCCAUUAUGCAAGAGAUCGAUCUUCCCAGUAUGCAAGAGAUCGAUCUUCUCAUUAUGCAAGAGAUCGGUCUUCCCAGUAUGCAAGAGAUCGGUCUCCCCAGUAUGCAAGAGAUCGGUCUCCCCAGUAUACAAGAGAUCGGUCUUCCCAGUAUGCGAGAGAUCGGUCUUCCCAGUAUGCAAGAGAUCGGUCUUCCCAGUAUGCAAGAGAUCGGUCUUCCCAGUAUGCAAGAGAUCGGUUUUCCCAGUAUGCAAGAGAUCGGUCUUCCCAGUAUGGGAGAGAUCGGUCUUCCCAGUAUGCAAGAGAUCGGUCUCCCCAUAAAAGGGAUGCUCCUUUCGUCAGAGAAUCACCUGCAGGGUGGAAGAACUCCCAACACAACAGAUCUGGCUCCAUUAUCAGUGGUAGAAGCUAUGCUCUGGAGCAAAGUAAGACACAUUUAUCCCCUAAGUCUCAGAAUAGACUUAAAGAUGGAUCCAAGCAAUCUUUGAAAAUUUCAAGAGAUAAUUCAUCCCCAAGAUCAUCCGCAGUUUCUUCAUCCAAGAUGUUAGAAGACAAAACCAUCAGGCUAACUGAGAAGGAACUUUCUGAGGCUGAAAGCAAGUGGGCUAACGAAACACUAGAGCAGUCCAACAAAAAUCACUUGGCUGAAAUUUCUAAGUUUCAGGUGAGGUCCAUGGCACCCGUAGUUAUUGAUCAGACAGAAGGACCCAAGUCAAAUACAGCAAAUGACAUAGCAAUGUAUGAAGACAGCCAACUUAGCAGCCGCACUAAAGCCAUCAUAUCGAAGAGCAAAGAGAUCGAGCAGGCUUACCAACAAAAUUGUGAGACUUUUGCAGUAGUGGUGAAAAUGCUGCUUGACAAAGAUCCCUCAUUAGAAAAGUCUCUCCAGGUUGCACUGAGACAAAAUUUACAUGAAAUAGGUGAGCGCUGUGUUGAAGAACUCAACAGUUUCAUUGCUGCGUACGAUAAUUCUCAAGAUUUUGGAGACCCUUUUAAGAAGUAGUACACAGGUCAAAAAAUUUUUUUUGGUUCUUUUCUCCUUGGAUUGUGUAAAUCCUUACUAUUUUGUGAUGAAGAAAAAAUACUUUGAUAGCUGAACGCAUUUCCAAUAAUAA